UCCUACGGUAAUGUUUAUCACAUUGCCAGUCGCCGUCGUCCAGGAACGUACUAUGCGUUGAAAGAGCUUGCACGGAACAGUGCCCCAAAAUACAUAGCCACCGAGCUGCGCAUAAUGCAACGAUGCGGUGGUGCGCACAACAUAAUGCGAAUGCAUGCCGCCUACCGUGAGAAGGACCGUGUUUUCAUCAUCAUGGAUUACUUCGAACAUACACCAACCAAGGUAAAAACAGCCCUUCGCCUUUUGGUGUCUUAA